AUGACAUCGACAGCGCUGAAGGAUCGAUACAAGUUCAGCAGAAAGUUGGAACAUUUGCAAAUCAUUCAACCACAGUGGAAGAAAAGUGAAGAUAUCGAAGAUGUUAAGGUUGAGUUCGCUUACACUCUCAUCAGGAAAUUGGAAAUGAAAUCAUUACAAUUCUGUGCCAAGGUCGGCUAUCCAUGCCUCAUUCGACCGUCCUAUGUACUAUCUGGUGCAGCGAUGAACGUUGCGCAUACUGAGGAGGAUUUGGCGAUGUUCUUGAAACAGGCUGCUAUUGUUGCCAAAGAGCACCCUGUGGUGGUGUCAAAAUUUAUCAGUGAAGCAAAGGAGAUAGACGUUGAUGCAGUCGCUAUGGAAGGUGAAUUGCUUGUAAUGGCUGUUUGUGAACAUGUGGAGAAUGCCGGAAUUCAUUCGGGUGAUGCAACGCUGGUCACCCCUCCACAGGAUCUCAACCAGGUUACGUUGGAACGCAUUCAAGACAUUACAACUCGAAUCGCUUCUGCUUUCAAUGCAAAUGGGCCAUUCAAUAUGCAGCUAAUUGCAAAGGAUAAUGAACUGAAAGUGAUCGAAUGCAAUCUGCGAGUAUCGCGUUCGUUCCCCUUUGUCUCGAAAACGCUCGACUUUGACUUUGUCGCACUGGCCACGCGAGCAAUGAUGGCAGCGGACAACCCCGCAAUCGGUAGCUCUCUGAAGAAGCACGCCAUGCUUCGUGGUAAGGGACGCGUCGGUGUGAAGGUGGCAUGUUUCGGGCGACAUCGUCAAGAAGCGUACUUGAAAGCACUUCUUUCAACUGGGAUUCAUAGUUCCAAAGAAGAACAUUUUCUUGUCGAUCGGAGGCUAUCAUGCAAAGUCGGAGAUGUUGCGCAGUGUGCAGUUGUUGCAGAAUAUGAACUUUGA